UCUGCCAGGCACACCACACACGCCACGUGCUCGACAGGACAACCCAUGGAGCAGAGGCCCCAGCUGGGUGUCUCUGGCUGUCAAGCCGUGACGGCCAUUCGCGAACGGAAGCAGCGAGGAAGGCGCGGAGCUCUUCAUGGCAGCAGAGCAACACAGCAGUCGGCGAGAGAAGGCGGAAGGUCUGUGACGCCGCCGCCGCUGCUGCUGCUGCUGCUCCUUGUGUUGUCGCCCGAGCUUUGUUCUGGCUUCACAACCGGCUUAAGUGCUGUUACAACACGCUCGUGUUGGGCCCCUAGUCGUCGUGGCGUUUCGAUGCCAUCUUCACAGCAGCACGGGCGCGAGUGGCACGGGUGUACUGGCCGCGGAGUCGACAGGUCACGUUCGGAGUCGGGGCGAAGCCGAAGACUGCAGACCGUCGCCGCAGAAAGUGAUAGCCCCAACAGCAACCGUCGGCGAGCAACACAACAGCAGGGGCAACAGCGGCAGCCACAACAACAGCGAGAGCCCCGAAUGCAACAGCAGCAACAGCAGCAAAGAAGACAAGUGCAGCCGCCUCAGGGCGUAUCCCCUUCUUCAAGUGGAAGAAGCGUGGGCGCGGCGGUAGCACCGCGAACGCAAUCAGCGGCACCCAUCUCCAUAGAAUCUAUCGCGUCACUGCUAGAGAGAGGCCAGAGCCAGACCUCCACUGCCAGAGGCAAUGGCAACAAUCCUAGCGACCAACAGCAGCAACAGGUCUGGAGAGACGACAGCUUUGAUAAACGCGGCAGGGGCGACGCCGCGGCGGCAGGUCUUCGUUCGCGAAACACUGAGGAGCGGGGGGCGGGAGGUGCUGAUCAGGAACCAGGCUACCACGGCGGCCGGAAUGGGUUCCCGGGUGGGAGAGCGGGGGCGGCAAAUGCAGUCCGUGACCCGGGGGUUGUGGGAGGUGGGGACACCGUGGGUGAGGAGAAGUCCAAGGGGAACCCCAACAAAUUGUCUCUCAGAAAGCGGAGGGCGCGGGAAAGGAAGAGGGAGACGCCGGAAGAGAAGCAAUUGCAGAACGAGAUCGCUCUAGCGCUGAAGGCCGACUCCGCCGAGGAGGCGCUUCGGUCAUUCAAUACCGCCAUGGAGAUGGGAGUUGCGCUUAGGGCCAACCUGCUCCGGGGUGUCCUGAAUCAGUGCGCCAAGGCCGGCCUGAUGGAGGACUGCAUGAGGGUCGUCAUGGAGAUGAAAGAGCGGGGCAUGGUGAUCGAGGAGAACACGUACGUGCCGCUUAUCCGCGGUAUGGUGAGCCAUGGCAACUGUCACGACGCUUUCGAUCUCAUCAAAGACAUGGUGAACCAGGGGGUGCAGCCCAGGCUGAGGUGUUACGAGCCGGUAAUCGCGGAGAUGUGCCGCGAGGGGGGUAUGGACGCUGCCAGAGAGGUGUGGGAGCACAUGGAGCAGCAGGGCGUCAUUCCACGCGAGGAGCAAUACGUCAACUACCUCUGCGGCCUCAGCGUUGCCGGCGAGCUGUGGGACAAUGCACGCUCCGGAAAGCUGGACGAGAAGCUGCUGGACAUGUCCUACCACGCCAGGAACCUUACGAUGGGCCAGGUGGAACAGCUAGAAGAGCACUUCAACGCGGUCCCACUAGCGGCGGCGCCUUCAAUCCCCAUCAACGGCGAUGCCGGUGCGGUAGGGGACACGAAUGCCUGCGCUAUCACGGAGAUAUCGUCCGUUCCGCUAGCGCGGAGAGUCAAGGUCGCCGGCGGGCACGAGAUCGAUGACGACAGCUGGACGCGAGAGUGGUCCAGCAGAAAGCCGACACGCGCCGAACGGCCCGACAGCUGCCCCGCCUGCGGCGGGGCCCUCCGGGCCGUCGGCCUGACUGAUGGCGAGAGGGCGAGGAUCCGGGAAACGCUGUUCGGUCUGGCAGGACUGCAGGUCAAGAAGCACGCGAGAAGCAGGCGAGCAAGAAUCCCGUGCGAUAGCAGUGAAUGA